CAUGAUUUGUUUGUCCUUGGUUUCGUUGGUAUUGACAUGUGAGUGGCUGAAACAUGCCUUUUCCCAAAAAACCCGGUGGAAAGUCAUUGGAUGUUUUGCAGAAUCUGCCUCGGAUAACAUUAGCAAACUUGAGACCCGAGCCGGGAUCGAAAAAACUGGAUAAACGGCGAGGUAGAGGUCAGCAUGGUGGGAACAGAAGUGGUCGGGGACACAAAGGAGAAAGACAGAGAGGCACCCGUCCUCGUCUGGGAUUUGAGGGCGGACAAACUCCCUUCUAUCUCGUCAUCCCCAAAUAUGGAUUCAACGAAGGACACAGUCACCGUCCUCAGUACCACCCCAUGUCUCUGAAACGACUGCAGUACUUGAUUGAUCUUGGGCGACUUGAUCCCACACAGCCAAUUGACUUGACGCAGCUUGUCAAUGCCAGGGGAGUGACAAUCCAGCCACAUAAGAAAGAUUUUGGAGUUCAGCUUGUUGAUGAGGGUAAUGAGAUUUUUGCUGCAAAAAUUAACAUUGAGGUUCAGAGAGCAACAGAGGGAGCCAUUGCUGCCAUUGAGAGGAACGGAGGGACCAUCACUACCAGUUACUAUGAUCCCAUAAGCCUCGCGAUUGUCAUCAAGCCAGUCCCAUUCUUUCUGCAAGGGAAGCCUAUUCCAAAGAAAAUGUUACCAGGGGAGGAUAUGGUCCCGUAUUAUGUGGACGCUGCGAACAGAGGUUACCUGGCAGACCCGGAGAAGAUCCAGCAAGCCCGGCUAGCCCUGGCACAGAAAUACGGAUAUGUUUUGCCAGACAUCUCAAAGGAUGAACUGUACCACAUGCUGUCUACUAGAAAGGAUGUUCGACAGAUCUUCUUUGGCCUGUCCCCAGGCUGGGUUGUCAACAUGACAGAAAAGAAGAUUCUGAAACCUACAGAUGAGAAACUGCUGCAGUACUACCGUUCAUAAAUGUAUAAAGCUAAGUGUUGCUGUACAUUAGGGUAUAGAAAAUGUGAGGAGAACACGUGAGGUUUGAAUACAGACUGCUCGUGUGUUAUAUUUACUCACCGAGUCGAAACAGCCUGAAGUUGGAGUGAAAUGCUGAAAAAUGUCGUCUUCUUUUUUCUUUUUCUU